AUGAAGAGUAAAAUCGAAAAGAUCGCAAGAAAUUGCGUAAAUUGUAUCAUAGCAGAAAGGAAAAGAGGAAAAUCAGAAGGAUUUUUGAAUCAACUUGACAAAGGUGAUCGACCUUUUGAUACCUAUCGCAUUGAUCAUCUGAAUCAUUUAACACCGACUAAGAAGCGUUAUCAGUACAUAUUUGCAGUUACGGAUGCCUUCACCAAGUUUCUGUGGCUCUAUCCCACUAAAUCAACAGGAGCAGAGGAAGUUAUAAGUCGAUUGAAAAAACAGGCGGUUGUAUUUGGUAAUCCUAAGCGAAUUGUGUCUGACAGUGGAUCGGCAUCGACAGUGUCUUUAAAGAUUAUUGCGAACAAGAAAACAUCGAGCAUUUUCGAAUUAAUACAGUUGUUCCAAGAGCCAAUGGACAGGUGGAAAGAAUGA